AUGAUGAUACGAUCAACACUAUUAAAGGCAACAAAUACCUUUGUCAGAAGAAAUAGUGCAACAACAUCAAUAGCAUAUACCUCUUCAUCAUCAUCAUCAUCACUAUCAAGUUUAUCUACAUCAUCGUCAAUACCACCACAUUCAUUGUUAUCAACCAUCAUUACAAAUAAAGGAUUAUCAUCAUCAUCAUCAUCAUCAUCAUAUGAUAUAUCAUAUUCAUCAUCAUUUAAUAGAUCAUUUUCAACAGUAUCAGUAUCAUCAUUCAUUUCAGACAACAAUGAAGUUUUAAAUUUAGAUGAAAUGAAAGAAGAAGAACCAGAAGUAGAGGGAUGGGCUUAUACACCUCCCUAUUCAGGUCUAACAACAAGAGAGUUUAGAUCAUACUUUUUCACUCAAUUCAUAUCAGGUCAAAAGAUUUUGGAGGCAAAGUAUGUCUAUCUAUUUAUGAUCACAACAACGAUCAAAUACAAGAAUUGUGGACGUAUUUUGCACAGUGUAGCACACGAUGCCGAUUGUUCGACAAAGAUCUUUGAACGAAUGACCAAGAAUAACAUUGAGUUGUCGGCAUUGGGCAUGCAAGGUGUGUUUACAAUGGUGAGAAACGACGCUGUCACAACAGAAGCUUUGUGGAACACCUAUUCAGAGCAGAUUUUAAUGAUGCCACCUGGUCAUGUGCCAGAUAUCUACAGAAUCAUUGUAGGCACCUACUGUCGAGCUGGACUCGAGCAAAAGGCAAAGGAUAUGAUUGAGAACUAUGUCGUCCCUACCCGUUCAAAGUUUGCAAUCAACCAAUCAUACUGCGCGCUACUUUCUAUGUAUCUGCGAAACAACGAUAUGGAGCAAUACAAUACACUCAUGGCUCGCCUGAAAAAAGAGCUCAGAGGUGUAACAUUGGAUCGCAGUCUUUUGGUUGAUAUUGUCGAUCAUGCCGAUCAAAACAAGUUGUAUGGCACAUUUGUCAACCUUGCCUCUGAGCAUCCUGCCUCAACCUAUAUUAUCGCCGACGCAGUCAUUCAGCGUUGCCUGAGGGAGCGUGCACCACUCGAUAUUAUCACACGUGUUCUCGACACGAUACGCGACACUGAUAAAAAGGACCAUCUCAUCAGAAUCAUCAACCUUUUGGAAGCUGUCUCGGCAGAAAACCAUCCCUAUUCACAAGACAUCCUACUCGACGUACUCGACCGAGUACCGCUGUCGACCAUGUCGGCCACCAACAUUGUCGCGUGCAUCAAGACUGCUUCCGUGAUUGACCGACCCGACCUCAUCAUCAAAAUCGUCAACGAGGCCGUCAAGUCUGAACCCAAGGAUUCUCUGUUGACCGCAUUUUUGUUGCGUACCGUGUUUGUUUUCUGCUCGGCACAAGAUACCACCAGUAUUGUCGAGCGGUUCAAUAUCCAACCCUCCUUGUUCCCAAGACAACUAUCAACCCAAUUGGUCCUGCCAAUCAGCAUACAGUCACUCCACUCGAAAUUCAACCCUAGCUUGGUCUAUAUAGACAGAAUGCUAAAAGACAGAUCCAGCCAAACCAAGGCAUCAGUCACAAUAUCAUUGGCCGUUGAAAUUGCUCUUUUAAAGAAUAUGCCCAAAGUAGCCGCAAUGUACUAUUACAAACUAACGAAACGCAAAUGUCAAAUCCCAACUCGAUGCUACGAUUCAUUUAUCGCCUAUCACACCAUCCAAAAAAAUCAACCCGAGGUUGACAAAUGGACCAAUCUCAAGAACAAAGAUCAAAACCAACUUUCCUCAACUCAAGAUUCUUCCAUCAACAACAACAAUUAUCUCUGGGAGGGGUACAGAGUCAAAACACACAAAAAACAACAAGAGCAUAUAGAACAAAGAAAGAGAUACCAUGAAAAUAGAAAACAAUGGGAACUAGAAGAAAAAUUAUUACAACAACAAAAAGAAAAGGAAAAAGAACAACAACAAGAAAAGGAAAAUAUUGAUACUACUACUACUACGACCACUACUACUAGUUCUAGAACAUAA